CUCCGCAGUAGCGUUUGUACCAUCGCAAGCGUUAGAAGUAUUCGCCAGCUCGAAUCCUCUCUCUGUGUAAUCUUUACAAGUUCCCACGUAUUUUUUUCUGUUUAAGUGUAACAGUGUAUUACAAUACAAGCCCCGUCCACAAACAUGGCAAAUAUUGACCCCAGCGCACACCGUAGAUACAAGGAGAGAAAGGUUGUAAAGGGUCCCACUGCCAUCGGUUGGCAGUUGGCCGAAGGCGUCGAUAGUAGCGCCCAAGUAUCCGGUGCUGCCGUUCCAGACGCAUCAUCGAACGACCAACGUGGUUCGAUUGAGCUGGAAACGUUGGACAAGCUGGAGUACCGUUUCAUCCCCGCCGGCAAUGGUGUGGUCAACUUCAAGGUUCGCGCCCCUAACGAUGCUCACAUCGCGCUUACCACGAACCCGGAGGAAUCUGACCCAAUGCUGGAGGUGUUUAUCGGUGGAUGGAAAAACACAAAGUCGGUGAUCCGCAAGAACCGCACUAAACCCGACGUCGCCGAGGUAGAAACGCCCGAUAUACUGAACGCGGGAGAAUUUCGCGGCUUCUGGAUUCGCUGGCAAGACAACGUAAUCACGGUUGGCAAUGAGGGCGCAGCUGCCGCAUUUCUAUCGUACGAAAACCCGGACCCGUUCCCGAUCAACUGCAUCGGCGUGUGUACCGGAUGGGGCGCCACCGGCUCGUGGCUUAUUGAGCCGGCUUCCGAACAGUCGUCACCGUCAGCACCGACCGCGGCAGCGCUCUCCAGUGGCGGAGGUGCUGCUUGCUGGGUGCAAGCGGUCAAUGGUGAAGUACCGCCAAGGGCCGUCGUUGGUGGAUCGGACGGCGAGGAGCUGUACAUUGGCCGUGCCCAGCACGAAGGUGGUAUCAUUCCGGGCAAGGUUGUCGCUUCCCACGGUGUUUGCUACAUUCCGUGGGGAGGCGUCGAGAAUUCAAAGGCCGAGUAUGAGGUGCUUUGCGAUUUUAACGGCACAUUCGUGCCCGUUAGCGGUUCCGAUAUUCCACCGACGGCGCUGCCGGCCGGAGAGUCUGAGGACGGGGAGCCACUGUUCAUUGGGCGCGUGAACCACGAGGGUACCGUCACGGUCGGCAAGGUUCAGCCGUCGCACGGUGUCUGCUACAUUCCGUACGGUGGACAGGAGAUGGCAUUUUCCGACUACGAAAUCUAUGUUAGUCCUUAAGAAACUGUCGCGUGAAAAAGAAAUCGCUGCACGGAGCAGAGAUGCUUUAAAGAGUUACUAAACGCACAACUGAGUCAUUGGCAUCCGAGCACCUUUUAAAAAGCAUGCUUGCAUAUGUUGCACUAUGUAUCCUUAUAUAUUUAUAACACAUCGUUACAGUAUAAUAAAAAUUGCGCCUUUUUAGAAGCCUUCAGCUUUCAAGCUGUUUUGAAAA